CGGCGCCCUUCGCGGAAGCAGCGGCCAGGCCUGUCGGGCGCCGGGGAGGCUGCGCUGCCCUCAUGCGGGUGGAGGCACGCCACAUCCUAGCGGUUGUGCCUCUCAUGUGGCCGCUUUGCAGACAUGGAUGGAUUGGGCUACUUGUACUAUGAAGACGAAACAGAUGACAGCUUCAGCUGUGAUGACUGGGAGGCCCAUAGCGAGCCGGAGGAGGAGGAAGAGGCGGCCCAGAGUGCGGGUCCAGCCACAUUCUGUGGCUUGAAGAAAGCCUUCCUUUGCAAGCCCUCCGCACCCUCCCUGCUGGCCAGUGGGAGCCCAGAUGCUUCGUUGCUGAGUUUUGUUCUGCCCCAGAAGCAGCGGGUGACGGCGGAGGAAGCAGAAAGGAAUGCAAAAGAGCUUGUGGCUGAGGAGGAGCGCGUCAAGAAGAAGGCUGAGAAGAAGAGGCUGAAAAAGAAGCGGCAAAAGGACAGGAAGAGACAGGAGAAACGCAACCAGGAGUUGGAAGCAAAGGGCCAAGCGCAACCAGCUAAACCCUCAGACAGGAAAGAGGGAGCUUCCUUGGCUGACGUGCUAAGUGUGCUGAGGUCUGGGCCUCCUGAACCAGAGGACGGUUCCGCUCGGGACCCCAGCAAGAGCCAGACCUCCCCAGGCUGUAGUACCGAGGAGGAGGAGGAGGAGGAGCUGGAGGAGGAGCUUGAUUUGACCAGCAGUUUUGUCUCGAAAGCUCGCCUCAAAGUGAGCACCAGGCCUCCUCUGCGCAAAGAGAAAACCGCCAGGCCCCAGCAGGUGGAGCAGGAGAAGGUUCCAAGGCCUGGGCCCAAGAAGACACCUGUAGAGCAAAGCAUGGUUCUGGCAGAUUGUGGAAACGAGACAGCCGAGCGCGGGUGCUAUUGGGAGGCCGUGCUCCUCUUCACGGAGGCAGUCAAGCUGAAUCCCAAGGAAUACAGGUUCUUUGGCAAUCGCUCCUUCUGCUACGAGAAGCUCCAGUGUUACCCAGAGGCCUUGCGUGAUGCUCGGUUGGCCCUCCGCUUGCAGCCAGGCUGGCCCAAGGGGCUCUUCCGCCAGGGCAAGGCUCUCAUGGGUCUCAAGCAAUACGCAGACGCUGCCAGGACCUUUGAGGAGCUUCUGCAGCUGGACGGGCUCCGGGGGGACGCUGCCAUGCAGCUGCAGCAGUGCCAUGCCCAGCUUCUGCAGAAUAGCUUUGCUCAACGUGCUGCUGCUGCUGCUCCCUCCCUUCCUCUGCCUCCUGCGUGGAGCGGCCUAGCCAAGGAAAGCCAGCGGCCUUUGCCUGGAGGCUGGCCUCUAGCGAGCCGCAGCCCCCAGGUGGGGAUGCAUCUGGCUUCCCUCACCAUCACCAAUUCAAAGUGCCCCCGGGUGCCACCGCCAUCGGCUGCAGCAGCCCCAGUCAGGGAGUGGUUUGCUGUCUGGGUGGGGAACCUCACGCCCAAGGUCAGCCAGGAGGUCCUCUUGCGCUACUUCCAGCCGUUUGGACCCAUCCAUUCUGUCCGCUGCCUCCCGCAGAAGUUCUGUGCCUUCAUCAACUACGUGCACCAGGAUGCAGCAGAGGCCGCCUACGUGGCUUUGCAGGGCGUAGAAGUGGAAGGAAGCACACUCCUGCUGCAGUUAAAGCACCCCGUGCAUGCCACCCCACCUGCUGCCAAGGCACCCAGCGGCACCCAGCGGCCUCUGCAGAGGGAGCAAGCUCGCCCACCCAGCCCUUGGGCUGUCCCUGGCAGAAUCCCAGUGGUGCCAAAGGGAACUUCCGCUGUUCUGGACACCUCCCCCAGGGGGGAGCUGCGGCAAAAAAGCUGCAGCUGCUCUGAGCUGAAAUCUUAGGUGGUGCGGGGGGGGGGGGGUUUCCUGGGAGUAAAGAUGCUGGACUUUGGGGCAGGGUCUUCCAUUGGGAUCUGCACAGAGAGGGAGUGGCAGGGGCGGUGGGGGGGGGCGCCCUUCUGUCUCAGUUGAUGCUGAAGUUGCAUUGAGUUGGGGGUGCUUGCUGAGGUCAUAGCCUCCAAGUCUGCCCUUUCCCCAGGAAUCUUUUCAUCUGAUCCCCCCCCCCCCCCGCCCAACACACGAUGUGCGUACUGCUGGAGUGGGAUGGGCUAAAUUCUUUCCUGCUUAUCUUCCGCUUCCAAUAAGGGGCAGAUUCCAGGCGGGGCUGGGGAGAGGGAGAAACGGCUGAGAGCUGAGCAGCUGCUGCUUUGUAGGGCCACUUCCUCCUCCCUUGGUCAGAGGGGGCUGGCUUGGCUCACGGGCCCCACCCCCCAGGUGGAAGUGUGCCUGCAGACUUUUGCAGGGUUGGGGGAGGCAGCCCCCUGGGCCUUGGCUCACCCCCAUUGAGGGGCGGGCAGAGUGAGGCUGCGGGGGCACAUUGAGGGGCUUUCCCUGUGAUUUCAGCUGGAGUCGUCAGAGGAAGCGGGGGGCGGGGGGCGCAGUCCUGACCCUCCUGGCAGGGGGCGCUUAGGACAUCCUGUGGAUGCAGGGCUCAGUUGGGAGCAGAGCCCCCUUUCCCGCUCAGCCUAUUCAGGGUUUGGUGCCUCUUGCCUCCUUUUACACUGUUCACAAUAAAGUUAUGAA